AUGUAUGCACUAGUCCUUAUGUUGUUAUCUGUCUCAAACAAUGUUAAUGCUUCAUCAAAAUGGAUGAUCGACAGCCUGCCUGGAUUUCCUCAGUACCCCCUACCUUUCAAACUUGAAACUGGGUAUGUUGGAGUGGGUGAAUUGGAGGACAUACAGCUUUUCUAUUACUUCAUAGAGUCUGAAAACAGUCCUGAAGAAGACCCUCUUGUGCUUUGGCUCACCGGAGGACCUGGUUGUUCUGGCCUUUCCAGUCUCCUCUUUGAAAUAGGUCCAUUGUCAAUCGACUUGGAGAAAUCCAGUUGGAGUUCAACAAUUUUGAAAUUGAAUCCAUACUCAUGGACAAAGCUUGCCAACAUAAUAUAUUUAGAUGCACCUGUGGGGUCUGGAUUUUCAUAUGCAAAGAGAUGGGAAGCAUACAAUGUCUCUGAUACUAUAUCAGCAGCAAUAAACUAUGAUUUUCUUAAGAAGUGGCUUAUAGGUCAUCCAAAGUUCCGGAAAAACCCACUUUACCUUGCCGGUGAUUCUUACUCGGGCGUUGUUCUCCCAGUCAUUGUUCAGGAGAUAACUAAUGGUAAUGAAGUCGGAGAGAAGCCAAAGAUCAACCUCAAGGGAUAUAUGCUUGGAAAUCCAAUGACAAAACGACGCGAUGAGUAUAACUCCAGAAUUGAAUUUGGUCACCGAAGGGCUCUUAUAUCAGAUCAACUAUAUGAGUCAAUUAAAACCAAUUGCAAAGGUGAAUACGUGAUUAGAGAUCCAAACAAUGAGUUGUGCGAAAACGAUUUCAAUGCUGUUAGUGAGGAACAUAACUAUGUAUACUCAUAUAUCUGGGCUAAUGAUCCGACGGUUCAGAGAGCUCUUCACAUUCACAAGGGAAGCAUUAACGAAUGGAAGAGAUGCAAUAGGACUAUUAGGGAUAAAAUGUACAUAUACGAUUUGUAUGAUACAGAAGGAAGUGCCAAAUAUCAUCGGAAUUUGGUCCAAAAAGGCUAUCAAGUUCUAAUUUUCAGUGGUGACCAAGACUUGCUCGUUCCAUAUUUGAGCACACAAGCAUGGAUAGAAACUCUGAAUGUGACUAUUGCCCAGCCUUGGAGACCAUGGUUCCUCGAUGGACAAGUUGCAGGAUACACAGUGUUUUAUUCAAAUGAAAAUCACCAAGUGACAUUUGCAACAUUAAAGGGAGGGGGUCACACAGCUCCAGAGUACCAACCCCGGGAAUGCUUUGCCAUGGUUGCUAAAUGGCUUGCUCAUGAUCCACUCUAA